AUGGCUCCUCCAUUACGCCCCUCGGCUAUAGCGAGAGCGAGAGUCGGAGCGCCGCAGCAAUGGACAUGCAGGUCGAGACAUUCAAUGCCGAUGAGGAAUGCCACAACACACGACGAUCCCAACACCGACACACUCACCGCCAUGAUGAGCUUCAUCUCCAUGUUCGUCUACACUUCGUCGCAUAGUUGCCGUCGUUGUUACCCCCAGUCGCAUUUCCACUUCCACAGAAGACAUCGGGCGUCUGUAGCUCAACGGCCAGGUACGAGCGACAAUGUCGCCAGCUGCAUCAGCAACAGUCGCAGCUCUUUGAGCUCCUCUUACCAACAACGACGUCACUUCCACAACUACUUCGUGACCCACCUUCCCUCAUCCUCCGUCCACCCGGAUCCUCGCAUGCGCUCCGGCCCACACCACAAGCUCCCACGCAGCGCCUCAACGCCGCACACUCCUGGCCCAGACGAGGCCAGCCCAGCCUCCGCCCCGGAUCCCAUUAGGUCGCCGGCCGCUCGCGAGCUGACCGUCGUGCGCAUCCCGCUGCGCAGCGCCAAGCACCACUUUGGCGCACACAACUCGCGCGGCCAGCGCAAAUACAACGAGGACACCAACCAGGCUGGCACCAUCGACCUGCCGGCCUUUGCAAGGCGUGUACCCGUCAGUCUGUCGCGCUCGUCUGCCAGAACUACAGGUGAGGGGAGCGUUGCGGACAGCAAGAGUAGCGGAGAUCCGCAGAUAUUCUAUUUUGGUGUCUUUGACGGCCACGGGGGCACCGAAUGUUCCGAGUUUCUGAGGGAUGAGUUGCAUUCCUACAUCGAGGACGCUGCCGUGCGGUUUGGGCUAGGCAGUAGUCUUCGCAGGGACUCACCGAGUGGCAACGCCAGCGGCAUUGUUAGCGGUGGUUGGAGUUCUGGUGAUGAAGGGGCCGAGACAAGGCAGCACGACGAUAAGAAGCGAGGGGUGGAUAUCAAAGGGCCAGAAGACGUCAAGUCGCGGAUGAACAUUCCCGAACCCAACCAGGAGGGUCGCAUUAUUGGCAACAAGCCUCCGACGUCAGAGCCAAUAGAGAGUAUCGAUCCCCAGCCAGUAACUGCAGAUGUUCCCUCAGCGCUACUCCUCGAGCGGGAACUGCUCGAUGAAUACAAAAACACGGUCGGGGGAUACUUCCGACGCUUCAAGCCUGCACACUUCAGCAUCACCAAGAGCUCACUAGAAUCGACCUCGGACCCAUCAACGGACGCGACCGAAACGCCAGGCACAGACGUUACGAUCGAGUCGGUGUUGACCUACGCCUUCCUCCGGGCUGAUCUAGACUUCAUCACGGCCCAAGCCCGCAAGCCGGACCCGGAUGAUCCCAAGCUCGCCGAGUCGCCCGUCAAUAACGACGAGGUCCUUGGCGCACCCCACCACGUGGCCCCCGACUCGGGACGACGACACCGCAUCGGCGGCCCCACGCGCUUCAAGGGUGGCUCGACAGCCUCGGUCGCCCUCAUCUCGACCCCGACGCCCGCCCCCUUCUGGCAGCCGUCGGCCAGCAGCACCCUCAUGGUGGCCCACGUCGGCGACACGCGCGCGCUGCUCUGCGAGACGGCCACGGGGCUCGCCCGCGCUCUGACGUCGGACCAUCACCCGUCGUCGCCCGCCGAGGCCCGACGCCUGAGCCGCUUCCUUGGGUCCAGCGUCGCCACCGACUCGUUCGGCGAGGAGCGCUUCAGCGGACUCGCCAACUCGCGAGCCUUUGGCGACCUGCAGAGCAAGCGCGUCGGCGUAUCGGCCGAGCCCGAGCUGUGCCGCACCGAGAUGGGCCCCGCCGAAUACAGCUUCCUCGUACUGGUCAGCGACGGCGUCUCAGGCUCGCUGUCGGACCAGGAGAUUGUCGACGUCGUCAAGGAGGCCAAGACCCCGGAGCAGGGCGGCCGCGACGUCGUUGACUACGCCACCGAGGUUUCGGCAGACGGAGACAAUGCCACUUGCCUCGUCGUGCGUCUAGGCGGCUGGGAGCGCCGGAGCGAGGGUGGGCUCGGCAGUCUUGGUACCAAGGAGAUACGCGAUAUCCGCAGGACCGAGGCGCAGAACCCGAGAGGCAGGAGGAGAUGA